UUCUGCGAUAACAUAUGAUCCCACCAACACAAUCAUGGACAGUAACACUAACUGGAGCAGAGAAGCCAGCUUCUGUGAUUGGGUUGGGGUCACUUGCAGCAAACGUAGGCAGAGAGUUACGGCUCUGGAUUUUUCCAACAUGGGACUUGAAGGUAAAAUAUCUCCUUAUGUUGGAAACCUAUCCUUCCUGGUUUUUAUCUUUCUAACAACAGUUUUCAUGGUCACAUACCAUCUGAGCUCGGUCGUUUACAUUGGCUCAAAACACUUGUAUUAGAAAUGAACCGAUUGGAAGGAUCGAUACCUCCAAGUUUACAAAACUGCUUUAAGCUUCAAGGUGUAAGCCUGUCGAUAAACAUGUUGAGUGGUGGCAUACCAGAGGAGAUGGGCACUUUAAAAAACCUUCAAAUCCUCCUUGUAGCUGAAAACAAUCUCCAUGGAACAAUCCCAGUUUCCAUUGGAAAUAUGUCUACGUUAGAGAGGUUUUCACUGGUGGAUAACAAAUUUACAGGAUUAACAACGUUGGAUCUCUCACGCAACAAAUUGAAUGGAAGUGUACCAACGGAACUCGGGACUCUGCAGAAGCUCCAGACGCUUUAUCUAACAAGAAAUUACUUGACUGUACAAUCACCUCUCUGGGCCAAUACCUCACUCUUCAACAUUUCCUCUCUCAGAGUUAUCGCAAUUGUGAACAAUAGCAUCUCAGGAGAUCUUCCGUCUAAUAUGGGGCUUUGGCUUCCAAAUCUUGGAAGAGAUAUAUUUUGGGGUCAAUCGAAUCGGUGGAAAUAUUCCUGCUUACUUAUCAAACUCAUCGAAAUUGUUUCAACUGGACAUAUCUGA